UCGUGUUAUCUUGGUCCGUUAUCUAGCUCUAAUUAAAUUAUGGUGUUAUACGAUUAAAUUGUACAUUAAACAUACAUCAUAGAGUCAAGUGGUACAUAUAUAUACAGUUUAAGACAUGAUUCCUAGUCCUUUGCUUGCUAUAUUUAUCUUAAAUGGGCUUGUUGAAAACGUAUCAGCAUAUAACAACACUUUACCAUGCCGUGUAUGUCACAGAGCAAGUACACUGUCUGAAUGCAAUACUGUAGUUGAUUGUGAUAGAACAUUAGAGGACUGCUAUCUGGAUCAGCUUGUUACUGAGAAUCUGACCAUAGUGUAUGACGGCGGUUGUAGGUCUAAGGUUGUUUGCAAUACGCCCUUCCAAGGUCGAAGAUCUUCUGAUCUUGUCGCAUGUUCGAGAUGCUGCAACUUCGAGAACGAGUGUAAUACACGUUUGUGUGGAAUAAAAGAUGACACGCAUAUCCAUGACCACACGUGCUAUAAUUGUGACCACAGAACAUCUGGACAGUCCGAAGUAGCAGAUCCAUCUCAUUGUGUUACUUUCACUACGUGUAGAUCGGAGGAGAUGUGCUAUGCAACUGAAUCCGAUGUUGGCGGUCGGACAAUGUUUUUCUACGGUUGUCUAAAUAAGCGGGAAUGUGGGAUUCUAAUGGGAAAAGCUUUCGACAAUUAUAAGAUGUGUGUAGCUAAUGUAACACAACCUCCAGCUGGAGUGUCACGUGAUCAGGCAUGCCGUAAUGUUGGAAAACGUUCUGCCUCGCUGUGCCGUGCUUGCUGUGAUGAUAGGAAUUGUAACUAUGGAACAUGUGAAGAACUUCAAGAGCGGAUAUUCAAGCUGGCUAUCCUAGGAAAAUUCAAUAUGACUACAUUAAGAAGUGUAUAACAAAUCAGCAGGAAACACGAUAAAGAAUAUUCUGUAAAAAUCUUA